AUGUCGGAGGGUGAGCAGCCGGCGGCGGUGGGUGGGCUGACUGACUUCGAGGUGGAAGAAUGGGAUGCCGACUUCCUGGACCAGCUCGUCCAAGCCGAGGAACUUGCUUUGUCCACCCAGCACCCUCGCCACGCGCCGUCGUUGCUUUUGUCGCCGACGUUUCUGACGCACCCGGCUGCUCCGCGAGUACCGCCCUGUGACGUCAGUUACUCUCCUCCUCGCGAGCUCUCGCAGCGAACCCGCGAAAUCAUCCAAGCGGAAGACGUUCCUGAUUCCACCGGUUCUUUUUGUGCAAUUGCUAACCACUUUGCUAAGGAGCAAGAAAAUGAUAGGCUAAAGAAACAGCUUCAAGGCGUCUCAAAGCAACUUCAUCAACCGGAGCAGGAAAUUUUGGAACUUAGAAAAGAAAAGGACAAAAAGGAGGAUGAGCUCAAAAUUUUACAAUCAAAGGUCGAGGCAAAAGAUGCGGAGUUUCAAACCAUGAAGAAUGCUGAGAUUCCUACAGCUCCUGGGAUAUCUACGAGUGUCAAAAUGCAAAGCCGUCAAAUGAUAAGCUUAGCUCUUCAAGUAUACGUAGCUCAGAAAAGUUAUUUAACCUGUGGAACUCAGAUGAUCAGAAACAGGGAAAAGCUCUAG